AUCUGAAUCAUGGAUCCUCAUGGCUUCUCCAACCAUUGGGGGUAUCCACCACCAUCCGAGUGGUAUUACCCCGAGACUCCCUGGAGCAAUCAACGAGGAGAAGACUAUGGAUUCGGGUUCCAGUACCAACCCCCUUACUACGGAGAACAAUCAGACCCCUGGGCAUAUCAAGAAAAACCUCAUUAUCAAGAAGAAUUUCUCCCACAACCAGAAGGGCCAUCGCCGCUGGAGUUACCCAUGGCGGCCUUCACGGGCCAUUUUGCAGAGCCAUGCUACACUCCACAGCCAGAUCCAAACUAUGAACUGAGGCUUCUCGUGGAGUAGUUUGCUCAGGACUCCGAGAGACGCAAUCACAAGAUGGACCUCCUUUUCUCAUCUUUUGCUCCUCCUGACUCUUCAUCCCUCCGUGAAUCGGAGGAGAUUGUUUCGCACUCAUCAAAGAAACCAGAGGGGAUUGAGCAAGUUUGUGCACAACUUGCUCAAGAUCACCCUCUUGCUACCAUACUAGAAGAGGAGGAGGAAGAAGAAGACUACAAGGACAUUGUGAAGCACAUUGAAGUUGUCACGGAGAGCUCCCGUGAUGAUCAUGAUCAGGAAUGUCCUGUCUUAGCCGACCACGCGUUCCCACAUCCCAAACUGAGCUUUGAAGAGGCGGGCAUGAGUGAGGAGACACAAGAAGAUCUCAUGAAAGAAAUUGCUUGGCAACUUGCUCUCCAAUCCGUGCUAGAAGAAGAAGAGCAAGCAAGGAUUGCACCGGCCAUGAGUUGCAAGUAAUAUCCCCACCAAACUUCGAGGAACUGCUUAGAAAGGACCCAUUUGCACUGUCUCUUUGCCAGAACAAGGCCACAUCGACAUCGGUUCCUCUUGGUGGACGCGAUGGUGACCAAUCGAUGCUGUCAUAUCUGGUUUGGGGCAAUGAGACGAGAGAAGAGAAGAAGAGGUCUCGAGGGUGGAGACUUCAUCUGCAUCAAGUGCAUGAGCCUUCAUCACCUGCCACACCACAUGCUCGUUACUUGAGACUCCACCUCAUUGACGAGAACCUCAACUUCAAGGAGGUUUUGGGAUGGACCGAAACUUAGGAACUAUCGUCUGGCUCACAACAUAAAAGAAGCGCUUGUUG